CGAAUGCUGUUGGCGCUGGGCUGGGCUUGGCGGAGGGGCGUGUUACUGAUGGAUCCCUGGUUCCGGGUCCGGGCCGUGGGGCUGAGGCGGAGAAAGCAGCUCCCCGGCCACAGGAGUGAUGAUGCGGGGACUGAGUCGGUGGCUAAAAGUGGGGAUAGUUCCCGGCUUUUUUCCUGUAGAGACACCCAGGCUGGCCUGGGCAGCGACCGGAAUCCGUUUCUACUCAGCGGGGAUUGUUGCGAUUCAUGAGCAAACGCUGGUGGCUGUGAAACCAGAUGGAGUCCAGAGGCGGCUUGUGGGAGAAAUCAUCCAACGCUUUGAGAAGAGAGGAUUCCAGCUUAUGGGGCUGAAACUUGUGCAGCCCACUCGAGAUGUGCUUUUGAAGCAUUAUCAUGAUUUGCAGGAGAAGCCUUUCUAUUCUGCAUUGAUCCAAUACAUGAGUUCGGGACCCAUUGUUGUUAUGGUUUGGGAGGGUUAUGAUGUAGUGCGUAUAUCCCGUAUGAUGGUGGGUGACACUGAUCCUGCCUUGGCUCAGCCAGGAACCGUGAGAGGAGACUUAUGUGUACACAUAAGCAGAAAUGCCAUCCAUGCCAGUGACUCCGUUGAAGUGGCAAAGAAGGAGAUUAGCCUAUGGUUCCAUAGCACUGAGCUGAUAGAAUGGGAAAGUUGCACUCUCAAGAACAUCUACAAUGUUUAAAUAUCUCCACUGAAUCAGCCACAACAGUAACUACCUCCAGUGACGGUGUGUCUAUGUCAUAUUUUUAAAGCUAGAGAUGUAUUUCUAUUAUUGAGAGUUUUCUUGAAUUCCUUUAAUGGUACUCCAAUCUGACUUCAUGCUAGGUGCUAGUAAACUGCAAUAAAAUUCCUGUAAAUUACUGAUCAGCAUUAAAAUGUUUUCAAGCCAGUUAAAUGGAUCUUCAUUAAAAUAAUUUUCUUACUACAGUUCAAUGCAAAGUACUUCACAGGAAUGUUAUCAGAUAGGUGUGCAAAAUGCUUGACCUAUACCCUAGGUCUUAAGAAAUAACUUAAAAUGAAAGUUAGUCUGACAGAGGUUUGUGGAGAGAAAUUGUCCUUUGAGCCAGGCAACUGAACACCUGGCUGCUAGUAGUGGGGAGAUUAAAAUUGGGAAUGUGUGAGGAGCUGGGUGUGAGGCGAGAGGAGGGGUAAAAUCAUGGAGAUUUUAAAACAAGAAUAAGAACUUUUAAUCAGAGUUUGGAACCCAAAAUACUCUAAAACUUAAGCUUAAUUUUUUCCCAUUCAGCUCCUCAGACUGAAUCUUUGCUUGCUGUUCUCAACUGUCACUUCUCACCUCAGUCAAAUUUGUUUUGUGAUUUCAGCACAAAGUUGGGUGAAGUGUUAAAUGCAGUAUCACCAUUAAAUCAAAUGCCUAGCUGUACCCUCUGUUGAAAGCACAUGUAAAUUACACAUUUUGGGAAACUGAGUAAAUUGAGAUGCUUUGGAGAAAUCAGUGACUGUGAACCUGUACUUUACAAAGCUGUUGAUAAAGAGUAUUUAAUGGCA